ACCACUGUUUUUAUCAUGUGGAAUUGUGUCCUCCCAGGAUGUUUUAUGGUCCUGGUGGACCUUAUGCUCUAUUUGCUGGAAAGGAUGCCAGCAGGGCUUUAGCAAAGAUGUCUUUUGAAGAGAAAGAUUUGACUGGGGAUAUUUCUGGACUUGGCCCAUUUGAGCUUGAUGCUUUACAAGAUUGGGAAUAUAAGUUCAUGACCAAGUAUGUAAAGGUUGGAACUGUCAAAAGUGAACUUCCUGUAACUGAAUCAGAGUCCACCGCAGAACCAUCAGAAACUACUUCCCGUGAUAUUGAUACUGCUUCUAAGCCCAAUGAAGAUGGCAAAUCAGAAAUUGGUGCUGUUAAAAGUGAAGAAACCCCUUCAAACAUUGAUGCAGAAAAAGAGAACAUUGAUCCAGGAAAAGAAGAGUGAUGUCUGAGUUGUCCCACAAUGCCCAUGACGAAAUGGAGAGAGAGAAAAAUCUGCAUUGUAAAGACUGAGCAAAUGUAACUCAAGCUUUUUCGAAGAUGAAUGUAGGUCAUCUCCUCUGAUUCUCCCUUUAUUUGAAUAUUCGGUGUUAUAAUAAUCAACUGUGGGUAAAUUUUUCAAAUUUCAUAGUAUGUACGUGUUAUAUUAGACUGGUAAGCUUUAUUGAAUAAUAUUUUUCUUUGA